GAGAAAUAUAUAAAGCCAAGGAAGAUGUUACUUGGUUAAGAUUAGAACUGGAACAGGCUUCUUCUGGAGUCGAAGUUUUACAUGUAAAUAAAGAAUCCGAGAAAGAACUCAUAAGGCACUUAAAAGAUGAUUAUAUCACGAUGGAAGAGGGACGAUCAUGUUUGGAUUCAUUAGAAGAUAAUAUUAUUAAUCCUAAAAAUACAGAUCAAUGGAAGAUAAUUCGGGAAAUAAAUGAACGUAAACAUGAAUUGGAAGAAGUAAAUAAACGUCUUUUAGAAUAUACACACCAGAUACAAAUGAAAAAAAUGGCGCAAAAUUUUAAAAUGUUUGAAAAUGAAAUAAUUCAAGACGAAGUUUACCUUUUGCUAACGGGAAGAGAGAAAAACCUGGAUAUAUUUAGAAAUUUUAAUGAAACCUAUCGUUUAAUUACAAUGAAAACAAAUCAAUUAAAUGGGUUAUUGACCGAAAAGAAUAUGAUCUACACUUUAUUGCACAACGAAAUCAAAGUUAAAGCUGAAUUAUUAAAUAAAAUAAAAUCCUGUCGUUGA